GGAAAUUGUACAAUCAGGAAGCAGAAAUAGCAAACCGCCUCUUGCUACAGAAAGAAAGAAAGAAAGAAAGAAAGAAAGAAAGAAAGAAAGAAAGAAAGAAAGAAAGAAAGAAAUACAUUUGUCCAUAUACAAUACCUGAAUGAUUAUAAAUUCAUAAUGGAAAUAGACAAGGUUUUUCUCAAAUCAGUGAAGGGUGCUCUAAAGAUUGCAGAGAUGGUGACAAACUUCAUCGCGUUUAUUUGCUUUGUGACUGUCUCUGGAACUGCUUCCUAUGUUGCUGCUACCUGGAUGGAGAUAGUCAUCAGCUUCCUCUUCUUCCUCUUGUACCUGCUGAAGCUUAACAAGAAGCUGACUGUUUUCUUCUGGCCCCUCAUUGAUAUCUUCAACUCAGUUUUUGCAGCAGUUUUCAUGUUUAUUAUAAGCCUAAUUGCUGUCUCCACUUAUUCAGCGAAGGGAACUUUGGUUGGCGGGAUUAUAGGUUUAAUAGCAACAGGAAUCUGGUGUAUGGAUGCUUACCUGCUCUUCAAGAAAGUGACUUUCAAUAAACCAAGGAGUUCUGAUAGCGCUGCUGGGGUAUCCUAGAUACACAGGAGCGAUGAGUAUCGAAGUCACACGCCGAAAAAACGACAACCCGAUGUCUUUACAACUGCCUGAACAACUAACAAAUAAUUGGUUGUUGUGCCAAUGGUUUAAAAAUCAACACUUCUGUCCUGUUUAUCUUCUUAUCUAUUUGCAUUAUAUUAAAUAUUAUGAAAUAACACAUGAGGGAAGGUGGGCAGUGGAGUUAUUAGUUACUAAACCUUUGAGGCAGCACAUGAGAAAUGUAAAAAAGAAAGAAAUUCAAAUUACAUUUGAAGCAACUUUCACUGUACAGAGUAGAAAUCUGAAGUUGGCUUUUUUUCACUGUAUGUAACUGUUUGGUAUUAAUAUCAAUCAUGUUCUGAAAUCUCAUCUGUAUCACUUGUAUCUAAUUGAAAUACUUGUACAUUCAUUGUAAUAAUAAUAUAGUAGCUAUACUGUAGUCUUUGUAAAUUCUGCAGGUAUGUAUAUUUUAGAAUUGUACAGAUAUUGUAUCAGAUAUGUGCUUAAGUGUAGCCUGUCAUACAGAGAAGGCUACUGCAUUUAGACGAAAUGUCUGCAAUUUGAUUUCAAAACUGUGAAGGACAGAUAUCAAGGUGAAACUGAAUAUGUGGGAGCGUCAUUAAUUCGACUUCUGGUUUGGGGAGGUCUUUGCUUCCCUCUGGUGGUAAAAAGAAAAAAAAAGGAUUUCCUACAGAUUCUGGAGUGUGUGGUUACAGUGUGUGUAAUCUAAGAUUUGGGGAUGGAUUCUAGGAUUGAAUUAUGUAUAUAAGACAAAUAAAUACAACUCGUUUUAAAGGGCUUAUAGCUUUCUUUAUUUUUUUUCCUUGUUUGUCAAAAAGGACACACACUGUUACAAGGUUAAAACGUCAUUUUAAUAGCUGUUUAAUGUAGUAUUCAAAUGCAGUAACCCAUGUGCACGUUAUGGUCUGACAAUAGCAUCCUUGUAAGAGUGAGCAGUUUGAGGUUUUUUUUUUUUUCAAUUUACCACAGGGAAAACGUGUCACCUUAAUGACCUCUUUCUAGACAGACCACACAGGAAAACCAUUGAAAUUCAUACUGUAUAUUAUUAUUAUUAUUAUUAUUAUUAUUA